GAAGAAAUCCUUUCUAGAGUCAAAGCUUCGCCUGAUUCACUGUGCUUUGUGACUGUCAAUUUUACGCCAUGGGUGCUGCCGUGGAGAACAACAGCGACCUCAAGCGCCUGAACUUCAUCAAGGCCUACUCCAUCUUUGCUCUGGACAAAACCUACAGCAUCGCCUCCAACCUCUACACAACCGGCAAGGGCUAUGCGCCUUCCAGCCUAGAGCCCCGCAUCAAGGCUGUGGAAGAGAAGGUGACGGAGGUCGGCUCGCCCCUCGUCUCCAAGCUGCAGGAUCGGAGCGAAAAUGUGCUCCACACGCUGGACUCAAAGGUCGACAGCCUUUUCAUUCAGGCCGGCAAGCUGUAUGACAGCUCGGCGGCGGAGCUGCAGACACAGGUCAACCAUCAGAAGAAGUUCCACGAGAAAAACCUGGAGCACUACAAGCAGGCUCGCGAGGCUUACCUGAAGCGCAUCGAGGAGACGGUGGACUUCUUGAAGAAGGAGGGCAUCUCAGGCGCCGCGAAGCUCGCUGCGGACACCGUCGUCGCCCGUGUGGAAGACGCGAAGCAGCUGCCCGCCUACAUCGACAAGGAGGCCAAGGUGGUUGUGUCCCGUGUGACGGAGGCCUGGAACAAGCUUGCGAGCUACCCAGCAGUUCAGAAACUCCUGGCGACAGCACAGCCUUCCAUCGACUUUGCCUGGAAGAAGUACUCUCAGGCGCAUGACACCAUCAUGGGCUCGCCAUACUAUCACGCAUACUACAACAAGGCUGUUGACAACGGAUCCUUUGUCCUGUCAAAGGUGCAGGAGACAGAUAUCUACUCGCGCAUCUCGCCUUACACUGAUCCGGCGAUCGGCAAGAUCACAACCUCCCCCUACUACCAGGCAACAGUGAGCCACCUCAAGCCCAUCGCUGUCAAUGGCAAGGCAUGAUGGAGCAGCGGCGCAUGAACUGCUAAGCGCAGAGCUCACUUUGCGUGUUCCUCGUCAAUAUACAGUCUUAGGUGAAUGGCGUAUGAGCCCCGGAGUGUUAGGCGUGUUUGUGUCUUUUUGUGUACUAUGGAUCAGGAAGUACCAUUGUGUUUGUAUGUGAGCACGACAACCUUGUGCUUCCACAAGGACACUUGUCAGCCACAGCCAAUUUGACUUUUAGGGCCUCAGCUGGUAGGUUGCAUGCGUGUUACCUGGUAGAGUGUGUAGAGAUAAUCGCGGAUUGGUGACUCACUCGGAGUCUCUGGUGUGGGUUUAAAGCAUGUCUGUAUUGGUUUGCUCGCGUCAAAUUUGUCUCAACCUGCAACACAAUUUGUUUGUGGCAAGGAUGAGAGCUGAUUAUUUCUGUUGCCAGAGUGACAUCUUGUUUGUGCUUUGCCGCAGCGGCUGUCUUAGAUGAUGCCGUUUAGAUUUCAGCGCUUGCAGAGCAGGCUCAUUAUUGCAAUCUUGACUGGCAAUAUGCCACCUACCCAUGGUCUCAGGGAGGAUUUUUAAGUGGAUUAGAGUUUUUGAGAGGAUUUGCAGAAGAAUUUAACAGCACUGUGUGCUGGGCAUAAUGGUGUGGCUAUGUCAUUGUAAGUAUUCCCUUACAGAUAU